GAUUGAAAACUGUCAUUGUGGAAAUACCAAGUAAUUCACCAAAUGCUGGCAGUGUAGUGCAGAGAUUGAUUCCAAAACUUCUUUCACAACUAGAAAAUGCCACGUACGAAGUGCAAAUGGAUACUUUGGAUAUCCUAAGCGAGCUUCUUGCUCGUUUUGGUAGCUCGGUGGGUAACAAUGUAGCAUCUCAAAAACGGAUCCAGAACGUUUUGGUACCUCUGUUGAGCCAUUCGCGCCCAGCAUUUAGAAAGAGAACUACUACUGCUCUUGGUAAUCUCGUGACACAUACUCCUGAUGAUUUAUUUAACGAGCUUGUGCAAAAAUUAUUGGCUGAAUUUGAAAGGGCUCAAAAUCAGAAAGAUAACUUAAAAACUCUAAUUCAAUGCGUUGGCACAUUAAGGGAUUAUUCUGAUGACGAUGAUAUCUCUUGGAAAGUGCGCCGUUCUUCGUCGAAACUCCUGGCUUCUAUUAUCGGCACAAGACACGAGCUUCUCUCUCAAAUAUAUACUAAUGUUGCACCAGCUUUAGUCAGCCGAUUUAAAGAGCGAGAGGAGUCUGUUCGAGUGGAUAUACUUCAAACGUUCAUUGUUCUUCUCAGGCAAACACAUGUUUAUGGUGGGGAUGGUUAUAUUCCAAGAGAAAAUGAUCACGAGCCAAAGCGAAGAAGAGCCAUUGGUCCAAGUGAAUCACAAGAAAGCCCCAAACAGAUGCUGCGAAACCUGGUUCCGAGACUAAGCCGUAAUCUUUCUAAACAACUUGUCUCCAAAUCGAUUAUAACGAAACAGACAGGCUUUCUGCUUCUACGAGAAUUAGUCACAGUAUUAAAUGGGGGACUUGAUAAUCAUCUGAAUACUUUUAUACCUGCGAUUGAGAGUUCUUUAUCUACAUCGUCAGAUACAUCACACCAUCAUGCAAGCACAAACUCUAAUCUUAAGAUAGAGACUUUAAGUUUCCUUCGGCAGUUGUUUAAAGUUCAUCCACCCCAAGUUUUUCAUAAGUAUCUUGCACGAUUAUGCCCACCAAUAAUCUCAUCCGUACAAGAUAGCUUUUAUAAAAUAACAUCUGAAGCCUUUUUGGUCUGUAUUGAAUUGAUUAAAGUAAUCCGUCCUAUCGAAUAUCAGGAGAACACGCAAACAUACAAUGUGCAACCACUCAACCCUGAGUUCCGAAGAUUCAUACUGGACAUUUAUAAUGUUACUAUUGCGCGUCUUUCAACUCCUGAUGCAGAUCAAGAAGUCAAGGAACGAUCUAUAAUGUGUUUGGGAGUUCUUAUUUCACAAGCCGGAGAUAAUUUGCAAGAUGAACUUAAAGUGUGUAUGCCAAUAUUAUUGGAACGCCUGCGAAAUGAAGUUACUCGCUUGACUACUGUCAAGACCUUCACGAAUAUAGCUGAUAGUACUAUAUGUGAAAGUGAAGAUGUAAAGAUAGCGAUAAUAGGUGCAAUUCAGGAAGUUGCGAGUCUCCUUAGAAAACACCAUCGUCAACUAAAAGUAGCGGCUUUAGUAUGCCUUGAAGUAUUUGUGCGCCGGUAUGGAAAAUUCCUUACUGCAGAGAGCUAUUCCCACGUUCUUGUAGAAUUAACGCCUCAUAUUUCCGACCAAGACCUCCAUUUAUUACCAUUGGCAUUGAACACAGUGGUUUCUGUUCUACGUACUAAUCCCGCCUCAUUAGACCCUGUAAACAAUGAUAUUCUACCGUCAAUUUUUCAACUUGUGCAGUCGACUCUCGUUCAAGGGGCCGCAUUGGACAGUUUACUUGUUUUAUUCCGUACCUUGAUUGAAACUGAUGAAGAUCAUUUCAAUAAACUAUUGAAUGGACUAUUGUCUCCUAUUCAAAAGAGUCAAGAUCCUAAUCAAUUAACCCUUUCGAAGCAGGCAUAUUCGACGAUUGCACAAUGCAUUGCCACAAUAUGUGUAGCAUCAAAUAAAUACCGUAACCAAACCGUCAUUGACUUUUCAAGGAAAAUAGCAGCUCAAAACCAGUCAGACUCUAUAAAAUACCUCUGUCUGUUGACUUUGGGUGAAAUUGGGCGUAAAGUCGAUUUGAGUGCGCACUCAAAUCUUCAUGUGACUAUAUUGGCUCUGUUCUCAGCACAAUCUGAAGACAUCAAAUCAGCCGCUGCUUUCGCACUUGGAAAUGUUAGUGCUGGCAAUGUCAGCAAAUAUUUACCGAUUGUCAUUUCAGAAAUCAACACUGAUCAAAGGAAGCGGUAUUUGUUGCUACAUUCGCUUAAAGAGGUGUAUGGUGUCAAAGCAUUAGGACCUUUUGCCGAUGAUAUUUGGAAUAUAUUGUUUCAAAGUGGUGAAAAUAUAGAAGAAGGAACUAGAGGUGUUGUGGCGGAAUGUCUUGGAAAAUUGACCUUAGCAAACCCAAAUAAAUUUCUGCCUGAAUUACAGAAACGUCUUCGAUCUGAUUCUGCACAAACUCGUGGCACUGUUGUCACAGCCAUCAAGUUCACCUUUAUUAAUCAAGGCCAAGAAUAUGAUGAGCUGCUACGACCUCUUAUUGUUGAUUUCUUGUCUUUGAUUCAAGAUAACGAUUUGAACGUCCGGAGACUUUCAUUAUCUACACUGAACUCUGCCGCACAUAAUAAGCCUUAUUUAAUUCGUAAUGUUUUAGAUCAACUAUUACCAUUACUUUAUGAAGAAACACUCGUUAAGGAUUCUCUUAUCCACAUGGUGGAGAUGGGGCCAUUUAAACAUAAAGUAGAUGAUGGUCUUGACAUCAGAAAGGCAAAUUCUGCAUACGAAUGUAUGUACACAUUGCUUGAAACUUGUCUUGACAAGCUGGAAAUUUUCAACUUCCUUACUCGUGUGAUUGAAGGAUUAUCCGAUCAACAUGAUAUCGCUAUCCUCUCGCAUACAAUGUUAAUACGGUUGGCCCAUGUUGCUCCAACUGCCGUUUCACAAAGGUUGGAUGAAACAGUAGAACCAUUGAAAGGAACCUUAUCAUAUAGAAUGAAAGAUAACGCAGUCAAAUCGGAAAUCGAUAAAAAUAAUGAAUUAUGUCGAUCUGCUGUUAGGACUGCUGUAGUUCUGAACAAACUUGCCGAACAAGCCGGAAGUACGCCUAAAUUCGACGCAUUCGUGAAAGAUACCAAAAUUGGAUCAUGGAGUGAUCAAUAUAAUAUUUAUCAAAAUGAAUUGGAAAGUAAGGAAUCUGGCUCGGGGCACGUUGGUGAUAGCAUGGACACGUCGUAA